CUCCGGGAGGGGCCGGGCCGGGGCCCGGAGGCGGCUGCGGGCGGCGCCGGGACCGAUGGGGGUCGGGGCCGAGAAGCCGGGAGAUGGCGGAUGAGGCUGUGGCAGCCAGUGGUGCUGGGGAGUUCAAAGCCAGCGCACAGCAGCCCCUGCUGAUGCCCACAUGAGGAAGCAGUGCCAUUUCGUUCUCCUGGGACACCACAAAGCAAUAUGAAACCUGCUCAUGAGAGAAGCCAGGAAUGCCUUCCCCCAAAGAAACGAGACCUUCCAGUCACCAGUGAGGAUGUGGGGAGGGUAGCCAGCUGCUCUACCAAUCACACGCCGGUGAGCGAUGCCCCAGAGUGGUGCAGGAGCGUCGUGGUGACUGGGCAGAGCCAAGCACCGUUACGAUAUGGCCUUGGCAGUGAUGGUGCUGAAGCAGUAGCUGGCCUGACUGUGGAUCAAUAUGGCAUGCUAUACAAAGUGGCUGUGCCUCCAGCCACCUUCUCUCCCACUGGUCUCCACCCAGUUGUGAACAUGAGUCCUCUGCCCCCUAGCUUUAAUGUAACCUCUUCCCUGAUCCAGCAUCCAGGGAUUCCAUAUUCCCCCAUCCACUAUGCUCAGAUUCCCUCUACGUCUCUUCAGUUUAUAGGGUCACAUUACACAGUGCCCUAUGCUGUGCCCCCCAGCUUCCUCCCUAGUCCUCUUCUAUCACCUUCUACCAACCUCACCACCUCUCAUGUUCCCCGUUUUGUGCCAUAUGCCUCUCUUUUUACAGAAGAAGCCACUCCUUCCCCCCAGACUACCUCUCCUGCCCAUGCUUUCAGCAAAGCUGCCGCUGUCAUCUCCCCUUCAGGCCAAAUGCAGCACCAUGCUGGAGUCCAGCCACUGGACAUCACACAGAGUAGAGUUCCUGUCUAUUACCAGAUGUCUCGGCUCCCACCAGGGUAUUCAGCAUAUGAGAGCGCCACUGUAGGGGGAAGCCCAGAUCCUCCUCUGCAAGAAAGUCAACUGAGUUCAGAGGUAGCCUCUGCCAAUGGUGGUCAGAGACAUCUGGAGCAUAGUGUGGUGAGGAGGACCAGUGAGGCUUUGGCCUCUGCCAGCAAUAAAGCUGAAGGCCCGCAGCCUGGGGCUGCAGUGCAGUGUGUGGUGGAUGGACAGCUCUUUUCAGGUUAUCAGACUCUGAGAACAGAGGACUCUGUGCCAGCUCACAGAAGCACGCCAGACACUGACUUGGAGGUGCAGAGAGUGGUUGGGGUGUUGGCUUCUCAGGAUUACUCUAUUCUGACAGCCCAGAGAAAGGAUGGCCUGAGCCCUUUAAACCUUUGCCAUAAUAUCCCUGAUCAGCAGGGGGAGUCAAGGGGCUUGCUGAGGAACCCAGUGGAAACAGCUGAGAAAAGCCAGGCCAGGAGUCCAUAUGUGAUGUCCCCUGAGGAGCCAGUUAGACACAGACAGUUACCCAAAGGAAUGGUGGUAGCCAAUGGCAAGCCAGUCUUGGUGCGUAUUGGGUCUGAGCCCAUCAGGUCUUCUGCUUCAGAAAUCCUGAUGAGAGAGAGUCCAGAUGCACAGAUCUGCGGAAGCUCGCGUGACAAGGACACAGCCCAGUUGCAGCCCCCCAGCUCCUCACAUCUGCCCUCCCAUUUCAUGAAAGGAGCCAUCAUACAGCUGGCCACAGGGGAGCUGAAGAGGGUGGAAGACCUGCAGACCCAGGACUUUGUGCGGAGUGCUGAGGUUAGCGGGGGCCUGAAGAUUGACUCCAGCACAGUGGUGGAUAUCCAGGAGAGCCAGUGGCCUGGGUUUGUCACAUUGCAUUUUGUGGUUGGGGAGCAACAGAGUAAAGUGAGCAUUGACGUACCCCCCGAGCAUCCCUUCUUCGUGUAUGGCCAGGGCUGGUCCUCCUGUAGCCCGGGGCGGACCGCUCAGCUCUUUGCUCUGCCCUGUCACAGGCUGCAGGUGGGCGAUGUCUGCAUAUCAAUCAGUUUACAGAGCUUGAAUGGCAACUCUGCUUCUCCGGCUAACUGCCCUCUUGCAGGCCAGCUGGUGCCCACCAGAGAGAGGCCCGAGAGAACAGGUCAGGGGCCCAGAGAGCCAUCUGACCGAGCUAGUGAGAGGAAGAAUCAGACAGAAAGGGACAGUGCAGCCCAGAUUUCCUGUACAGAGUCCUCCCAGCCUGACCCUGGUGCUCAGCACUGCUGGACAGCCCCAGGCUUCCAAAGAUACAGCAUGCAGGGGGAGGGGUCUCGUCCGUCCCUGCUUCGUCCCUCUUUCAUUCCACAGGAGGUCAAGCUGUCCAUCGAAGGGCGUUCUAAUGCAGGGAAGUGAGCUCUUUGAGGCCACGACCUGGGAUGUUGCCCAUGAGCGAGCCUCACUUCUUUCAGGUGGAGAAUUUGCACAGACUGAGUGGUGGGUUCACCAGCCCGGCUGCUCGUUGCCGUGCAGAGCUGGAUUUGUUCCAGUUCAAUUGUUGAUCGUUGAGGAAUCUAGAGGGCUCCAGUCCUCAGGGAGCAGCAGCAAUGGGCUAACUAAGGAUGGAGGACAGGUGAUGUGGUCGUGAUCGUGUGACUAGAAGCAUUCCAGAGGUUGGGACUUUCACACAUCUGUCUUAGUGCCUGAGUUUCCUGCAGGGCAGGGUCUGAGCAUUCAGGAUGGGUGGGGGAGUCAAGAAGAGCAGACCCAAAAAGCCACAGCUUAAGGUAGCAGAUAAAAUGUCUGAAGUUCUUAUUCCUCUUUUCGUGGUGGGAAGGGGUGAGUCCUCACUGGGAUUCAGGGGACACUGCUCUCAGCACCCCCUUUCUUCACACAUGCACUUUAAAAGGAAACUUCUUCACAAAUGGAGCUGUUUGUGAGGUGUGGGGGAGAUGCAGGUGCUGCUCUGGUGGCUUCUGCUUGAUGUGUCUCCUCCACUGAAUCCUAUUGGGCUUUCUUCUAGCAAAGCAUCUGUAGAAAGAGACUGCAGUGAAUAUUAGAAAUUGGAGAGGAAGGUCCUAGAGGAUGGGUAGGGAGUGAUUGAACAGGGAACUGGGGAAGGGCCUAUGGCAGCUGGAAUAGGGCAUGAGUUGUAAGUUGGUUCCCCACUAUACAGAUACCUACGUAAUUAUUUGUCACCAAAGCUAAGUCUAAUUAUAGCAUUUCCUAGUGGUAAUUGCUGUAAUAAAGGUGAUAUGAAGACUGCAUUUUAAAGCUUUCUUCACAUGGUCAUAACUUCCUAAAAAAAUCUCCUUUUGGGCUUAAACUUUCCAUUCUUGGAUUCAGAUUGUAGCUGAAUUUUUGGGAGGAAAACUGAGCCAAAAUGCUUUUAAGUUUCUCUUUAGAUGAGGAUGAAAAUGUAUUCUUCCACUGUGAAAAGACUGACACUUGUGUGCAUCAAUAAAUCAAAAUUGGCUGAACUACUCCAGACAAAAGCUUUCCAGGUGGCUAAUCGCUCCUUCCAGGGUAAUUUGUUUAAAUAUAACAACUAUAAACGAGAAAAAUGUGUGUGCAGGCAUUAUACAAAAUUUCCACUAAGUUUAGAGUCUCUCUACUAAUCACAGGACUAUGGAAUAACAUGCACAAUAUCUUUGGACAAUUUCGUAGGUGUCCUUUGACACUGGAUGCUCUGGUGCUUCUCUGUGGAGUUCCACUGCAGAACUACACAGUGAAAUUGAGAGAUGAGUCUUUUUCUUAAACAUGAUGUGUAGGACAGUUUAUUAUGGUAAUAACACUCCGUCCAAGUGAAAGUACUUCUAUUCACACUAACUUGCUCACUCUGGACAUUCUUAUUACCAAGUCACCUCUGACUGCACAAGAAGAAAUCCAGAAUAGGCCAACCAGGUGGUGAGAAUGAGAGAACCUUCACUUUGGCAUAUCCUGACUUUUGAGUAUUCCCCAUUGUAUUACAGUCAACAGUUUUUGUAUUCGGAACAUGCCUGCGUAGAGGAGUUAGUAUCUGUGAGGAGUGCAUGCACCUCAAGCUUCGAGCUGGGUUCCUGAUAGUGUCUCACUCCAGUUCUAUUUCGCAUCUUCUUGCUUUCUCUUCCUCUUGUUUUUUCCUCAAUUUCCAUCUUCCCAAACACUGCUCCCUGGAGUGCUUGGCUGUUGGGCGCUAUUUUUAUUCUGUCUCCCUGAGUCGCUUGGGUAUCAAUGCCUCCAGCUGGUGAACAGUCUCUGCACCUUUUAUCUUCCUCCACAACCUUUAUUGUUCUGCUGAGCUUGCAGUAGUUGUGGCUCCUAACAGAUCAGUGUUUGUCCACAUUCCCCUUGAUGUGCCUCCUAACCGAGUUGGCACUGGUGUAUGUGCACUAUGUGGGAACACUGUGUCUUAGGCUUAGAGAGUCCCCAGAAUGUUCCCCGGCACAUCUACCUGUCUCUCUAGUGCUGGGAUCCCCCGAACGCUCUUGGCAGGUUAUUCUAUCGCCACCGUUGAAAUGUCUGCACUUGUCUCUCCCCCUCCCCCCCCCCCCCCCAAGGCAAACAAGUGCUUUCCCUGUCUUGCUCGUGGGUUGAUCUGAUGUCAGGAAGGUGCCUGGACCUGUGGCAAUGUAGCCUCACCAGGCCUCUUCCAGAGCAGAGAUUCUAGCUGUCUUCACUUUUCUUUGGGCUCUGGAUGCAUAAUCUGCAGCUCCUUCUGGCCAAUAAGCAAUUUCUAGUUAGUCCCAUUAGUAAAUUUGAAAGACUAAAACCAAAAUGACACUUUCUUCCUGGGAAACUUUGGCCUCCCUUGGUUGCAGCAGCAGAGAGGACAGAUGUUUGCACAGCACCUUUUGGCUGUAAAACAGAUUGGCCAAACUCUAGGUGCUUGGCCUCUCAUCACACUUCUUCCCUGCUGUUUCACCUACUUGCUGCUUGCUUGACUCUCCUGAAUGAAGAUCUUGGUUGUUACAGUGACUUGUCCUGAGUAGCCUGCAUGCUGGAUGUAGGCACAGGGCAAAGGAGCCAAGGGGUAGUUUUCUGUAGUGGGUUGAUAGGUGAGGAGAAGGUUAUGGCAGGUACACAUGCAUCUUGGAUUAGAAAUGUAAGGGGGCUGGUUGUGUGCAUGGAGGGAGAUUACUUGAGCAGUUGAAUGGUGCAGACCCCUGCCAUGUGCCUCACUAAAUACAGGAGCCUCUUUGUCCCUCUUAGAAAGGGGUUUUGAAGAGUCUGCUUCAUAGUGGGGGAUGUUACUGUGUCAGAGCACAGUGAAGGGGCAGUCAGCCAGCUAAAAGGGUAGGCGCAGAUGCUUUCCAAGCCAACUACAGCUAGGCUAAAAUGUAACUUCUGUGCUCCCCACAGUUUGCUCUGUCACCUUUCUCCACCUGACUACCAGUCUGUCCUACUGCCUGCUUGCAUAUCUAUGGUAAGCAGUGCUGAUGUAAGCUCAGUGGAGGAAGCCAGCAGGAGUGUGACCUUUCUCAGUGCUUUUCCUCUUCUCUCCCUCUGACCAAUCCCACAGUUCAGCAAGUAAGUUCCAGCUGUCACUCUUCUAUUCUGGGCCCUUACAGCAGCACCGAGACCACAUCCAAAGGGUAGUACCGAAUGAAGGAUGUAGGAUACUGGACCCUUGCCCCAGAGGCAGGUAACAGAAAUGGAGCACAGAAGCUGCCAGGUCCCCCGACAGUCAUCAGAAUCUCCCCUAGCUGGUUAUGGGAUGCUGUAGUGGUAGUCUGUGUGUCGGCUGGUCUCAGGAAAGUCUGGAGGUAGUAAGCAGGGCUUUGGAGUGGAGCGUGGAGCAGUGGAGCUGCAGGUUUUUGCCUGGAGCUGGAGUGGAGCCGGAGCACAGCUCCAAAGCCCUGGUAGUAAGUAUGGGGGAAGCUGAGAGGAGUGACUGUGUGGGAGCCCAAGAAAGAGCCUGCUGGGGUUCUCUGGUUUGCAGGAAGGGAUGAUCUGAAAGAGGGUCCAGAAUGAGCUGGCCGUGGGGGCUUCUGUGUUGGCAAGGGUGGGGAUAGACUUACCAGAGCAAUAAGGUGUUUCUGCUGUUACACUACAGAGGGAAGGAGAGCUGCUGGCCUCAGCCUCACCCAGUGUAGGUGAUCUGGCCAGGGCGCUGGGGUCUUCAGGCACAUCUUCCCUGCCAGGCUCAUGGUGGGGCUUUGGGAAGAUUCCAUAAUAUGCAAUAAUGAGGAUCUGCAGCCAUCUGUUCCAUCUCCUGAAACAUUCCAGGGGACAGCCGCCCAGCAGAGGCCAGGCUGGCAGCUAGGGUGUAUGCCGUUUCCCCAGGAACAGGGGACUAGGCUGAGUGACAGAGCUCCCAUUACUCCCAGACUAUGCAGAGGAAGCCCUGGCUAGAAAGGAGGAGUGCUGCAGAGGGAGCUCUGCCAGCCCUUCCUAGCAGGGGCACUAGUAAAAUGCACUUUUCACAUUAAGUGUUUGUUCCAUUUCAUACCCUUCUUUCCCCCGUAGAGAAGUAAAAAUCCCUAUAACUUAGCAAAUGUUCUGUUUGUUAACCACAGCAGCUCAAGCAGCCUGAACACCAGUUCCUGCCUGCAGCAGCGCAUGUGCCUUUCCCUAGUGUCAAACUCAGAACCACUCUGUCUUUUGGGCUGUUCUAGGGCCUGAAAUUGUGCAGAGGAAGCUGCUAAAAUGGCUCUGAAUGCGCAUUCUGUACAGGGAGUCUGAACCAGGGUGUGCUGUUGGUGCCGUGAAUGUGCUGAUGGUGGAGACCCCUCCGCUGCAUUUAUAUCUGUGUGCAUUGGGGGGCGAGGACUGCACAGCUAGCCCCUAGCAUCCUUCCCAGGCAUGCUAGACCCCUCCAGACAGACACGGUACAUCCCAGGUUCUCUCCACUUGCAUAGCACCUUAGAGUCAGGGGAAGGACUGUUGCAUGCAAAUGGCUUCGGGGUCUCAAGAAGUAGGGAAGUGCCACGCUGGGAAAACGGGCUGGGCUGACCCACAGCUAGGUGGUCUUGUAGAUAAGUACUCAAUCCUCAACUAUAAUCCCCAGUUAUGUAAUGGCUGUAUUGACAUGUAACCAACUGCAUUGUAUCUAAAGCCUUAGAACUAGUCAGGUGCUCCCCUCCAACCUUGUCCCAGCCCCUCUCUUCCUACCUGAUCUCUAACAAAGCAUUAAUAAUUCUAAGGAUAAUCUCUAUUUUGUUGUGCUUUUUUUGUAACUGUUUUAAAUAAAUCAAUUUGUACUGUAUAUUUGUACUUUUGGUGAGAUCCUUUCCUGUUUUACCAUUUUAAGUCUGUACUUGGCUACACACAGAUUGUAUUUUUAUUGUUAAUGCUCUUCUUAUGAAUAUUGCAUUUAACUUGUUGACUAUGUAAACACAGUAUAUAUCUAUAUAUCUAUAUCUAUAUAUAAACCAAUAGUUUUUCCUUCUG